AUACUCUUUGAACAGUGCGAAAAACGGCGUCGCCGUGAUUAUACGUAUUUACUAUCGCGUGAUAUUUAACCUCGCGUUAAAAUGUUCAAAAAUCCAAAAUAUCAAUAUGGAGCAGUGGAUCGUUUUGUGCCGGCAAAUUUAAAUUUCGGUGAAUAUAUAUUGAAAAAGAUAUGGGAAUUAAACGACACAAUUGCAUUGAUUAACGGCUUAACAGAUGAAAAAGUAACUUACGGCCAAAUUGCCCAAGAAGCAAUGAACGUAGCUGUCUCCCUCAUUCGCUUGGGCGUUAAAAAGGGAGACGUGAUUGCUGUCAGUUCAGAAAAUCGUACAGAAUCCUGGGGUACCAUAAUCGCAAUUUGUUGUACUGGAGCAAUUGCUACCACUCUUAAUACUGGAUAUACAAAUGAUGAACUUAAACACGUCCUCUCAAUUUCAAAGCCAAAAUACUUAUUCUGUUCGCCAUUCACUUACAAAAUGCAUGCAAAUAUAUAUAAAAACACUAAUUGCUUAAAGACGAUCAUCAUGUAUGGUGACGAAAGUCCGAGAAACACAAUACUGUACAAAGAUUUAGCGAUACCAAGCAAUGAGAAGACAAACAAACCGUAUAAAAUUAAAGAAAAUGUGGAUUACGCGCAGUUUCAACCGAUCGAGGUCGAUGGACAAAUCGAUAAAUUGUUCAUUUUGUAUUCAUCUGGAACGACGGGACUGCCAAAGGGAGUUGUGUUGACACACUACAAUGUCCUGGUUUUGUGUUCACCAAGUGUAGUCACACCACCAUUGAAGACCUUGACCAUCACUCCGUGGUACCACACCAUGGGACUUAUAGGUAUACUAGUGUCCUUCGUCAGAGGCCUAACUAUCGUCUACCUUCCUAAAUUCGAGGUGGAAUUGUAUUUGAAGACUAUCGAAAAAUACAAGGUAAUUAUUUCUAUUUGUUUGCUCGCAAUAAUUGUGUUUGCUCGCAAACGAAAAAAACCGACUUCAAUUAUAGAACAGCUAACAGCAGUGCCGCCAGUGUUAGUGGCCAUAUGUAAAUCCAACUUAAAGUAUGAUACAAGUUCUCUAAUUUUCGUACAUUGUGGCGCCGCACCUUUAUAUGAAGAAACUGCACAAGCUGUUAAAGACAAAUUUCCAAGCGUCCAAGCCAUAUUGCAAGGCUAUGGUAUGACCGAAGCAACUCUGGCUAUUACUUUCAACUACAACCCUGACAAGAUUGGCAGUGUCGGGACUCCUUACCCUCACACCGUUGUUAAGGUAGUGGAUCCAGAAACCAAAGAAGUCCUUGGUCCUAACAAGGCUGGUGAAAUAUGUUUUAAAAGCGUCAUGCUUAUGAAGGGUUACAUAGGCAAGGAUAGAAAGGAAGAUUUUGACGAGGAAGGCUUCCUGAAAACUGGUGAUAUCGGCUAUUACGACGAUGAAGGGUACUUUUUCAUCGUUGACCGGUUGAAAGAGCUCAUCAAAUACAAUGCUUAUCAGGUACCCCCAGCUGAAAUCGAAGCGGUACUCUUGAAACACCCCGCCAUUCAAGACGCUGGUGUGGUGGGAAUACCAAAUCUCAAAAAUGGAGAGGUUCCACUAGCUUUCGUUGUUGUUAAACCAGGCGAAAAGCUGACGGAAAAGGAAGUUAAAGACUUCGUCGCUGAAAGACUCUCAAAUCCUAAACAUCUACGAGGCGGAGUCAGAUUCAUCAACGAAAUACCGAAGAAUCAAACCGGCAAGAUAUUGAGGCGAGAAUUGAAAAAAAUUGCCAAAUCAAGCAAAAUUAAAAAUAUACCAUCUCAUUUGAACUUUGGUCAGUACAUUCUGGAUAUCAUAUGGAGUAACAGGGAUAAAGUCGCUUUGAUCAAUGGAGCUACUCACGAAAAAAUCACAUAUAGAGAAAUAGCCCAGGAUGCGAUGAACUUUGCCAUCUCCCUCACUCGUAUGGGAAUAAAGAGAGGUGACACUAUCGCCGUGUGUACGGAAAGUAGACAGGAGUACUUUGGUACUUUCAUUGGUAUCGUAUGUACUGGUGCUACUUUUACUCCAAUUAGUAUGGCCUAUAUUAAAGAUGAAAUGAAACACGUGUUAAACAUAUCAAAACCAAAAAUGAUCGUGUGUUCAACACUCGCCUACAAAACUCACAGUGAAACAUUAAAAAGCUUACCAUUCAUAGAAAAAUUUGUCCUCUAUGGUAAUAAAGUACCAAAUAUAUUAGCAUAUGACGAACUACUUAAAACUGGAGUAAAAUGUACCGGUGACAACUUCUUAGCAGCCGAUGUCGAGGGGCAAACGGAUACAGCUAUAAUUUUAUACUCGUCAGGAACAACAGGGUUGCCUAAAGGUGUCAUGUUGACACAUCUAAACAUUAUUUCUGUAGCCCAGAUAGUAGUUCCGCCACCAGUUAUAGUGGCGCUUUGUAAAACUCAGGGAAAUUAUGAUGCUAGCUCAGUUAAGGUAGCGUACUGCGGUGCAGCACCACUCAGAUCUGAUACAAUCAAAGAACUUCGAAAGAGAUUUCCAGGUGUUGAACACGUCCUUCAGGCUUACGGCAUGACGGAAAGCAGUUUAAGUGUGACCAGGGAUACAUACGACCAAAGACAUUUAUGUAAGAUGGGCAGUGUGGGGCGUAUCAUAAAUGGAAUUGUUAUUAAGAUUGUAGACGUCGAAACAGGUAAACCCUUAGGAGUCAAUCAACCUGGCGAAAUCCGUAUAAAAGGUCCUGUAAUAAUGAAGGGCUAUGUCGGAAAAGACAGAAGUGAAGAUUUUGAUGACGAGGGAUUCUAUAAAACUGGUGACAUCGGGUACUACGAUGAAGAUAAAUGCUUUUUCAUCGUCGAACGAUUAAAGGAACUUAUCAAGUAUAAGGGUUAUCAGGUACCACCAGCAGAAAUAGAAGCAGUAUUACUUCAAAAUCCUAGUAUACUUGAUGCGGGAGUUAUUGGGAUACCUGAUAAGAGUGCUGGGGAAGUGCCACGAGCAUACGUCGUUUUACGACCAGAAGCUAAAUUAUCUGAAGCAGAUGUUAAGAAAUUUGUAGCGGAAAAGCUUUCGCAUCCUAAACAUCUACGCGGAGGAGUUCGUUUCGUAAAUGAAAUACCGAAGAAUCCAAGUGGAAAGAUAUUAAGAAGAAAACUAAGAGAAAUGGCGAAAAUAACGGAAGUCAAAAGCAAAUUGUGAUUAAAGAAAAACAAUUAAAU